AGAUAAUUGCAGUCAAUCAUCAUUGAGUGAGAAAACUGGUAAUAAUCGCCAGGUGGAUGCGGCUGUAUCUGUGGCCGUGAUACGCGAAAAUGGCGGUUGCGCCCGGUAAGAAUAAAUUGAAAAUGGGCAGUGCGGGCCGAUACUACGGUGCUUAUCUCAUCUACGACGUGGCAAACUCAUGCCUCGCCGCCUUGCACGCCAAGAUGCCUCCUCCGGUCGUCGUCACGCGAACCAACCCUCCGUCUCCUGUGCACGUCCAGAACCCCCAACAUUAUCACAUAUUUGUUGGAGACCUGAGUCCGGAAAUCGAGACACAUACCUUAAGGGAAGCUUUCUCAGCCUUCGGAGAGAUCUCAGAUUGCAGAGUUGUCAGAGAUCCCCAAACUUUAAAAUCUAAAGGAUAUGGAUUUGUUUCGUUCGUCAAAAAAGCGGAAGCAGAAAGUGCGAUCGGCAACAUGAACGGCCAAUGGCUAGGUGGCAGAAGUAUUCGGACAAAUUGGGCCACUCGCAAACCUCCCGCACCUAAAUCUGAAGCAAAUGCAAAGCCAUUGACGUUCGAUGAAGUUUACAAUCAAAGUAGUCCGACCAACUGCACGGUAUACUGCGGCGGUUUGACCAAUGGUUUAACAGAAGAACUCAUGCAGAAAACUUUCUCACCCUUCGGAUCCAUCCAAGAAAUUCGAGUAUUUAAGGACAAAGGUUAUGCUUUUAUCAGGUUUUCUACUAAGGAGUCGGCUACGCACGCCAUCGUAGCGGUACACAACACAGAUAUCAACGGCCAAACGGUGAAGUGCAGUUGGGGCAAGGAGAGUGGAGAUCCUAAUAAUGCUCAACAAACUGGACAGGCGUUAUCGUCGGCGACGUACCCAUACUACGCGGCGGCGGCAGCUGCCGCCGCGGCGGCGGCGGGCGUCGCGGGUGUCGGAGGCGUUGGUGGCGUCGGCGGUGCUGGACAACUAGGAUACUGGUAUCCGCCCCAAUCUUAUCCCACGACAGCGACACAAAUGCAAGCUGGUGGCUUUCUUCAAGGCAUGCAGGGAUAUACCUAUGGACAGUUCGCCGGAUAUCAACAGGCGCAAUAUAUGGGAAUGGGAAUGGGUGCUGUUCAUGCUGCUGGCACAGCGGCAGGAUGGGGUCAGGGAUUACCUGGGGGACCACAGUUACCACCACACCACGCCACGACGGUCACGGCACCCCCAGGGGUACAAGCCGCACCCCCGCCACCACCGCCACCGGCACAAAUGAUGGCCUACCCGAUGCAACAGUUCCAGUGUGUUCUUGGUUGCGGUCCAGCUAGCGGAUGAGGACUGGCUGACGCCUAGCCUUCUAGUGUGAUGGUAAGCAAGUACACCCCACCAACAGGAACAACUUCUACAGCAACAACAGUUACCACCACCAUCACCACCAUCAUUUCCUCCUCCACUACUACCACCACCUCCAACAACAACAACAACAACAACAACAACAAUAACAACUUUUCCGUCAUCAUCGAUGCACAAUCGACCGCGACAGCAAAAGCAGUAGAAUUCAUGCCACUUCCGGCUUGACAACACGCGAGUCAAAAGGCAGUAAUCACGAAAAACAGAUAACACUUGUUUAGUAAAAACGAAGAAACAAAGUGAGAAAUAAAAAAAAUAGUAAUUAAGAAUCAUAAUCCUAGGUAAUUUUGCGCAAGAUGCAUCCAACAUCCCUAUAAUUCCCUUGUAAGUUUUCACGUCCAGUGUAAGAGAAAAGAACUGCUACCGAUUAUUAAGCGGAGAUACCUCUCGUCCAGUCUGUAGGAUAAUCUAGCAUCUUAUUCGGCUUGAAGAAAUAGAUAGCGUUUGCCGUUACAGCAGUAUCCGAAGCUUCAAUACAAAACACGAAAUCCGGCAUACAUGUGAAUAAGUCAUUCGACGGUCUGACAGUGUUUUCUUUUUUUUUUUCUUUUUUUUUUAGCGAAACUGGCCAAUUAUACUAUGUAUUGUCCAGCGAUAAUGAGAAAAACGAGUCCGCAUACGUUCAACGGGGUCGUAGUUUAUCAGAUUCCUUUUAACAAAGAGCAUAAAUUUCUUGAUCCUCUCUACGAUAAAAAGAAGAGUGCCGGAUACAGAUUCGUUACACGGAUUCAUUAUUUUUGUAGUUUGGGCUUAACAGCGAAAAAAUAACUCAAAGACAUAAUGUCGAAAGGGACGCUCGCGGUUGAAUGCGACGACUGGCGAGCGGCUGCAGUGUAUAAAUGAUAAAUACAAAGAUUAAU